CGCGCCCCGCACUCUCGCCAAGGAGGGUCUUGGUGCUCUGCCAAAUAAGGAUCUACAAAAAAGGACACCACAUAACUUUUUUAAAAUGCUGCUUAUUGGUAAAACAACGGGAAUUUUGUUUGUGGCACACUUGUUAUUGGCUGCGCCACACGAAGAUAUGAAAUACACACAGGCUCCACCCAGAUUACGAAGAAGUGGUGGCUAUCCUAAAUUUCCCUUUACAAGCCCUGUGCCAGUCAUCAGUUGUGGAACAAGAGAGGUUGAGCACCAUCCACAUAGGAAUGGAGCCCCUUAUCCUAAGAUUGUUGGUGGCACCGAGACCUCUUAUGGAGCAUACCCCUGGCAGGUUGAAAUAGAAAUACUAAAAUAUGGUGCAAAAUCAUAUGAACACCACUGUGGUGGAGCUAUAAUAUCAGAAAGGCUCAUUGUGACUGCUGCCCACUGUCUUCAGAGUUAUGAUCCAGAACGUUUGCGUGUCACAGUGGGAAAACAUCGCCGCAGCCAGCACAAUAAAUAUGAGCAAGUCUUCAGAAUUGACAAGAUCCUUCUCCAUCCAAAAUUUAGAAGAGAUGGUUACUACAGUCAUGAUAUUGGGUUGUUGAAACUGAAAGCCACAGGUGAUAAAGGGAUCAGUUAUAACUCACAUGUACGACCCAUAUGUCUCCCGGCUGCACAUACCAGAAAUGCUGCAGGGACUUGGUGCACUGUUACAGGAUGGGGAGCACAGAAACCUCAGGACAUGGAGAGCCUUUCUGAUGUACUGCUAGCAGCAUAUGUUCCAUUACUGGAACAAGAAACAUGCCGCACGAAGGAAGUUUAUGGGGACCGAGAUCAAGCCAUUCUAGAUGGCAUGCUUUGUGCUGGUCUCCUUGAAGGUGGUGUUGAUGCUUGUGGAGGUGACUCAGGUGGACCCCUGGCUUGUGAAGUUGAUGGGAGGUUCGUGCUAACAGGACUUGUAUCGUGGGGUGAUGGUUGUGCUAAACCAUCAAAACCUGGCGUUUACACCAGGAUUUCACAUUAUGUUGAUUGGAUACAUGCAUCUUUCAAGAAACUGGGCUUGCAACAAGAACUUUAGCCCACAAUGUUAUACUUUUCCCAAAAAGGGACAAAAAAAAAAAUCAAGAGCUGAAUACCAAAAAUUUGUUACACUGAAACUAUUUUUGUAAAAAUGAUUGUACAUAUGAUGUAUAUAGAUGUACAGUUAAUUUAUAUGUACAUAUUGCAUAAAAUUCCCAAAG